UGAGGGAGGAGUGGAGGGGAGACUCCGACUGGAUUCCAAUACACACAACACCCGCAGCCCUCCUAUGCCUGUAUGUUAUAUGGCGUAUGAGUCCAUUGUCUGGCGAGAGGGCAGAGAGCAUAUCUUGUUUCGAUAAUGUAAUAUCAUUUGCUGUGCGCUUUCUAUUCCCACAAACUUCAGUGAAUUUUGUACUAAAUUUGUGUUUUUUUGUAUCCAUUUGUUUGCAUACGUGUGCAGAUCGGCCCGGAUUACGGAAUACAGAUUUGGUGCAUAAGAUUAACAGAAAACUGGAUGAUGUGCUCCAGAAGGCGAUCUCGUCAUCACAUCCCGAGAAUCCCAAUCUAUUCAACGAAUUGAAGAAAAAGAUUCCCGAUUUGAAAACACUUAAUACACUUCAUUCAGAGAAACUGUUGGCCUAUAAGAUGGAGCCGAGGAAUGGCCAGACGGACGGCCAGAACGGCGAGAGCGCACAGAAUGUGUGCAAUUACUCCAAUCUGUUUCCCGAACAGUGGACUCAGUUGGCAAUGAUUGGCGCUUCCAAUCAUCCAAACAAACAUUUGGACGAAGAGAUGAGCACUGGAUCGCCAGCUCAGGCCAGUCAUCACGACUGGAGCGGUUCCGACUCCAAGGAUGGCAAUGAGGGCUCUUUCGGAAGCCCGCGAUCUAUCAGUAGUAACGGAAUGUCGACCGACGAGUCGCUCAUGAGAUCCAACUCGAUCUCCAGUGCCAACAGUCUGUACCACUCGUCUCGACUCCAAACCCCGUAUCACAUAAACCGGUGCCCAAAGAUGGCCAGCGCUUCGCUGUCGAGCACUUCCGACGAACACCACAACGGUUUGGCCAACUCUGACGACUGCUAUUAUCGUAUCGAUAGUCAGCUGAAGAAUCAGUUGACGGCCGGUAUGACUGCGAUCGGCAACAGUGGCGCCAAUUAUAACAAAAUACGUCGCGUCGACUCACCGACCGAUUCGGGCAUCGAGUCCGGCAAAGAACACGGCAACGGUUCCACUCCGACCACAUCCGUGUGCUCUAGUCCUCGAUCGGCAAUGGAUGAUAAGGUGAAGGAUGUGAGCGAUUCCGAGUCCAACGAGAAGCACGAGUCCAUUGACGACAUGCCAAUGUUGAAGCGGGCUCUUCAGGCACCGCCUCUCGUCAACACCAAUAAACUCAUGGAUGAGGCCUAUCGUCACCACAAGAAGUUCCGCGCCGCCCAACGCAAGGACGAGCCCCACAGCCCUUCCACCACCACAUCCAUCGCUCCGUCGAACCCUAUCCAGGAAUCGCUGGCAACUUCUCACUCAACUCUUCUCAAGACGUUGGAACAGCCGUCGAGAUAUAUGAAUGAGCAACAGCUCAAGCGAACCGAUUUGAUUCACAAUAUCAUUAUGAGGACAGAGGCCGCGUCGACCACCACUUCCUCCUCCAACUGGAAGUCUGGCCGACAUUCAGAGAUGUCGUCCACUGGCGGACACUUAGCCCAGAGUCUGACGAACGGAAACUAUAUGUAUCCCAACGUUUCCCAAAUGAGUGCAAACCAUGUGACCAGUAAUGGCCACUCGACAGUGCAGUCCCUGUUAUCGGGCGGACAUCAGCAGCAGUCGAAGGGCGUAGUGGUGUGUCCUCCGGGUCUCUACAUUCCGUCGGGGUAUCCGUCGUCCAACUCGUGUCCCUAUUCGAGAACAGCUAAACCGUUGUCAUCGAUGAUGUCAUCGACAACAGCACAACAGACACCACAACAGCCAUCAAGAAUUGUUUAUUCAAACUCAUUGGAAGCACAGCAUCACCACAACAGCCACAAUAACAACGCUUACGUACAACACAACCGUCGAUCUCCGUCGUCGACCUCAUCGGCCGCAGCACUAGUCAUGGGCUCAACGCCUUCUCCAUCGCAAGGGUCGGCCCAACACAUGCCUCGAAUGGGCUGCGGAUCGGAACCGUCGAUCACUGCAAUACUACUCUCACAGAGCGGUAACGAUUGCGCCGACACUCAGCCCCUGAACCUGUCGAAGAAGCCGUCGCCACCAAACUCUCCCACCGCUGCGAAUGCCAUCAAAAUUGAAUCA